AGAACACAAUUCACGCGAGAGUUUGUUUCAGGAAGUUCCACGUCAGUAUCCUGUGCACUGCUCACUGUAACCCCCGAUCGAAGUGUUAGCAACGUUUCUGUUGAAUCAAGUUGUGAUUACUGGGGGAUAAAACAUGCCUCUGAGGCUGGACAUUAAGCGGAGGCUAACAGCCAGGUCGGACCGAGUGAAGAGUGUGGAUCUUCACCCAACCGAGCCAUGGAUGUUGGCCAGUCUCUACAACGGCAGCGUCUGCGUAUGGAACCACGAAACACAGACUCUGGUCAAGACUUUUGAAGUGUGUGACCUGCCUGUCAGAGCGUCCAAGUUUGUGGCCAGGAAGAACUGGGUCAUCACAGGAGCAGAUGACAUGCAGAUCCGUGUGUUUAACUACAACACAUUGGAGCGGGUCCAUAUGUUUGAGGCCCACUCUGACUAUAUCCGUUGCAUUGCUGUCCAUCCAACCCAGCCAUACAUUCUAACCAGCAGUGAUGAUAUGCUGAUCAAGCUAUGGGACUGGGAAAAGAAGUGGUCUUGCAGCCAAGUAUUUGAGGGUCACACUCAUUAUGUUAUGCAGAUUGUCAUCAACCCUAAGGACAACAAUCAGUUUGCCAGUGCUUCUUUGGAUAGAACGAUUAAGGUUUGGCAGCUCGGCUCUUCCUCUCCCAAUUUCACUUUGGAGGGUCAUGAGAAGGGAGUGAACUGCAUUGACUACUACAGUGGAGGAGACAAGCCCUACCUGAUUUCAGGCGCAGACGACCGCCAGGUCAAGAUUUGGGACUAUCAGAACAAGACCUGUGUUCAGACUCUGGAGGGCCAUGCCCAGAAUGUCUCCUGUGUCAGCUUCCACCCAGAGCUGCCCAUAAUUAUCACCGGUUCCGAGGAUGGUACGGUGCGAAUCUGGCAUUCGAGCACUUACCGCCUGGAGAGCACACUGAACUAUGGCAUGGAGCGAGUGUGGUGUGUGUGUGGUCUCAGAGGCUCCAACAAUGUGGCACUGGGAUAUGACGAAGGCAGCAUCAUCAUCAAAGUUGGUCGGGAAGAGCCAGCAAUGUCUAUGGACACCAAUGGAAAGAUCAUCUGGGCUAAACACAGUGAAAUACAGCAAGCCAACCUGAAGGCCAUGGGUGAAGCUGAAAUCAAAGAUGGCGAGAGACUGCCGCUGGCUGUUAAAGAUAUGGGCAGCUGUGAGAUUUACCCUCAAACCAUCCAGCAUAACCCAAACGGACGGUUUGUUGUGGUAUGUGGCGAUGGAGAGUAUAUCAUCUAUACUGCUAUGGCUCUGAGAAACAAGAGCUUUGGCUCGGCUCAGGAGUUUGUCUGGGCCCACGACUCAUCUGAAUAUGCCAUCAGAGAAAGCAACAGUAUUGUCAAAAUCUUCAAAAUCUUUAAAGAAAAGAAAUCUUUUAAGCCUGACUUUGGAGCGGAAGGGAUCUAUGGGGGUUUCUUGCUUGGGGUGAGGUCUGUGAACGGCCUGGCAUUUUAUGACUGGGAGAACACGGAGCUAAUUCGUCGCAUUGAGAUCCAACCCAAGCAUAUCUUUUGGUCAGACUCUGGUGAGUUGGUCUGCAUUGCUACAGAGGAAUCCUUCUUCAUUCUCCGUUACCUGGCAGAAAAAGUAGCCUCUUCCCAGGAAAACAAUGAGGGAGUAACAGAGGAUGGGAUUGAAGAUGCCUUUGAGGUCCUGGGAGAGAUCCAGGAGAUCGUGAAGACUGGGCUUUGGGUUGGAGACUGCUUCAUCUACACCAGUUCUGUAAACAGACUCAACUACUAUGUUGGAGGAGAGAUUGUGACUAUUGCACAUCUGGACAGGACCAUGUACCUUCUGGGUUACAUUCCAAAGGACGACCGUCUUUACCUUGGUGACAAGGAGCUCAACAUUGUCAGCUACUCACUGCUGGUUUCUGUCCUGGAGUAUCAGACUGCUGUGAUGAGAAGAGACUUUGGAAUGGCAGACAAGGUGCUACCUACUAUCCCCAAAGAACAAAGGACCAGGGUGGCACAUUUCCUGGAGAAACAGGGCUUCAAGCAACAGGCCCUGGCGGUGUCUACAGACCCAGAGCACCGGUUUGAGUUGGGAUUGCAACUGGGGGAGCUAAAGAUUGCCUACCAGCUGGCCAUGGAAGCAGAAUCAGAGCAGAAAUGGAAGCAACUAGCAGAGUUGGCUAUCAGUAAGUGCCAAUUCGGUUUGGCCCAGGAGUGCCUGCACCACGCUCAGGAUUAUGGCGGCCUGCUCCUUCUCGCCACAGCUUCGGGUAAUGCCACCAUGGUGGGGAAGCUGGCUGAAGGGGCAGAAAGAGACGGCAAGAACAAUGUGGCCUUCAUGACAUAUUUUCUUCAGGGGAAACUGGAUCAGUGUUUAGAGCUCCUCAUCAAGACAAACAGACUACCAGAAGCUGCGUUCCUGGCUCGGACAUACCUGCCCAACCAAGUGUCCCGUGUGGUGAAACUGUGGAGGGAGAGUUUGGCUAAAGUCAACCAGAAGGCAGCUGACUCACUUGCAGACCCCACAGAGUACGAGAAUCUGUUCCCUGGGCUGAGAGAAUCAUUUGCAGCUGAACAUUACUUGAGAGAGACCUGCAUUGGUAGUUCCAGACCUGCUAAAGACUAUCCACUCAUUACACCCAAUGAAGACAGAAAUAUCCUCGAGGAGGCUCAGGGAUACGAACCCAAAGGGACCUUUGUUCCUUUUGUGCCCCAGGCAAAAGACAGUGAGGAGUCCAGCUCAGUGCCAGUGGCCUCUGAGACACCUUCACAACCUGAAACUGCAGCUCCUGAAGUAGCGUUUAAAAAAGAGGAGGAGGUGGAGGAAAAUCUUACAUUCUCUCAGUCAGAGAAAGAGAAGACUCUGGAUGAGUUGGAAGUGGACCUGGACAACAUGGAGCUGGAUGACAUCGACACCACAGACGUUAAUCUUGAUGACGACUUUCUAGACGAUUGAAGCUGCCGCCAUACUUCUCAACACUCAUAAGAACAUAUUUAAACAAAACAGACCAACGCCCCUUUUCUUUUUUCUUUUUUUUUUUACUUUACUUAUAUGAAAAAAAUAUUUUAUGUUGUCAUGGCAAUUUUACUGGAAAAUUAUAAGAUGAUUAAUGUUUGAAUAAUAAAUAGAGGGUAGAGGGCCCAUGGCUACUCCAUUUUUGUACACUCAUUAUCAAAUGAAAAUUAGACUAAAGGUCUACCAGGUAAUGUCAUUAAUGCUAUGCUCUGUGCUUUCCUGUAACGUCAUGUCAAUGUUCAUCAAGUCCAAUAAAUUCUGGUUGCUGUAUAUAUUAA